UGGCCUCCGAAACUCCAAAGUCGUGAACAUAAUGGCCGAGCUAUCAUACCGACCUUUGACCACAAAGCAGUUCCGCCUCCUCACGCUCCUCCCUGGCGCGGAAGCAUCACCAAUACAAACGACGCUCCGACAUGUCAACCUCGAGGACAAACCGAAGUUCGAUGCGCUGUCGUAUGAAUGGGGCCCCGAGUCGACCCAUAACUCUGAAGUCUUUGUCGACAAGAAGCCAUUCACCAUCCGUCACAACCUCUGGCUAUUUCUGAAAAGGCUGCGAGCAACCAGCCAGAGUGCUCAGGUCAUCUAUGCAGAUGCCAUCUGCAUCAACCAAAAAGAUAACGAAGAGAAGGGGCACCAAGUCGCUUUGAUGAGCGAGAUCUAUAUGCGCGCGAAGACAGUGCUGGUCUGGAUUGGCGAGCAUGACCCAAGCAGCGAGUUGGUGUUCGGCACUCACUUUGAGGAUAAGAUCCCACGGGCGACGAUGAAGAUUCCUUUUGUUAAUUUACUGGCGGUGCCAGUUAUCGUCGCUGGACGUGUGAGGCGUGCGACCUCAGCUUCGAGCGCCGAACGGAUCGCUGCUUGGACGGCAGUCCUCUCGCGAUCGUACUGGAACCGAACCUGGAUUGUACAGGAGUUCCUCCUCGCCCGCUCCGUGGUCGUCUUCUGCGGCGAGGACCACAUGGAUCGAGACUUGAUCUUCACCAAGCCCUUGCAAGAUCACUUCAUGCGGAUGAUGCAGAAGAAGAAGGGCAAAUUGGAAGGCAUUCCGAGGUCAUUUCUGCUAUAUUUCUGGAAACUAAAUCAGAAACGUCAUGGCAUAUUUAGCAAGGGGACACCGUAUUUUGCUAAUAUCGACAUCUUCGAGCUCGCCUUCAAUUUCCAGUACACCGAGUGCCAGGUAAUGUUGGACCACGUCUAUGGGUUACUGGCACUUGAAGAUGUGAGGAAGAGUGUUCCUAUAACACCACGUUACGGUAUCUCUGGUCAGAUCUUGUUCAUCGAUAUCUGCAUGUUGAAACUUCCUCGAGUUACAGGAAACAACAGCAAAGUAACUGAUGAUGGGGUGUGGCGUGUACCAAAGCUCUUCCGCGGCUUGAGGUUGACCUUUGAUCAUGCCGAAGAGAUCUUGGACAUCCUGUUCGACAACAGCCAGUAUAAAACGCAGAACAAUACGGUGAUUGCUACCAUCUUCAAGGGCUUCGAUCAUUUCGGCCUCCUGAAACCAGAACGGAAGCAAUGGAUACUGCCACAGACCAAAGCUUUCCAGACUACGGAUCAAAUCAUCUCUGUCACGAGACAGUGGCGGGCGACGCAGAAGAACAAUGGGAAAUGGUAUGAUCUUCAGCAUACUGCCCAGAUCCAUGAGCCACCGGGCCUGUCAUAUCUCCAGCUUGACGAACCUCUCUGGAGCCACUACACCACUCUCCGAGACACGACGGCCGCCGCCGCAGCCAACGCACGCAACGCGCAAAACAUGAACCAACAGAACAUAAAUCAGAUGAACCAAAUGAACCAAAUGAACCUGAACACUAUGAACAUGAUGAUUGUAAAUAAUAUAAACAAUAUGAAUACUACGGGGAUGAUGGGUCCUGGAGGUGGAGGUGGUGCUUAGGGACGGGUUUGCCCCUGGAGCUGGCUUGGUCUGUUGACCAUUUUCGCGCAGCAGAGCCAGUAGCAAGCAGGAACUUGGCUGAGCAACCUGAGUAGAGACUUAGGCAAAGGUGAAUAGGAGGAAAUGUUGUCUGGGAUUGAUUUCUUAAGGUCGAAGGGUGUCGAGCGCGAUGCAUCUCUUAAUUCUCGACCGGCUAGGUGGCACUCUGGUGUCUGGUCAUUGACUUCCUAUGGAUGCAGUACACGUGCACAGGUCAAGAGUUGUUGUCACUACACAAAUCAGCGCAUUGUCCACUCUGUUUCGCACUGAGGGAGAAUCAGGUUUGGCACUUCUACCGUGCUAAGAGAAAGCCUGGUGGGUUAUUAUUAGAAAUUGAAUGCAGCGGGGAGUUUUGCCACGAG